GGCUUCGGCCUGCUAGUGCCUCGCCGGGACAGGCGGGCCUGCCUGCUCGCCAGCCAUGUAUUUCCUGAGCGGGUGGCCGAAGAGGCUGCUGUGGCCCGCCGAGGCGAGGGAGCCCCCGCUCCGCAUCCAGGCGGACCCGCAGCGGACUCUGUUCGCCGUCUUGUCCCGCUCCCAGCUCGGCAUCUGGUACAACAGGCCCAGUGUGUUAAUCGUAAGCUACAAAGAAUCGUCAAAAGCAGUAUUGCAAUUUGGACCCUAUUACCAAGCAGAGUGGAGACCUGACAGCACCAUGAUAGCUGUUUCGACAGAAAAUGGAUACAUCAUGUUUUUUCAUCUUCCGUUGGCAAGAGACAAGUAUCUUUAUGAGCCAGUUUAUCCCAAAGGAAGCCCCCAUAUGAAAGGAACACCACAGUAUAAGGAAGAACAAUGUGCCCCAUCAUUAAAUCUAGAGAAGAAGCAAGUGUUGGAUUUGCAAGCAUCUAUAACCAGCCUCAGUGUCUGGGGAAUGAUUUGUCUUUCUUGUAGCUUACAGUCCAUGCAGGAGGAUCUCCUUGUUGCUACUAUUGAUGGUUUCCUGCAUCUUAUUCACUGGGAUGGCAUGAUGAAUGGAAGGAAAGCCAUAAACCUCUGCACAGUCCCGUUUUCUGUGGAUCUGCAUUCUUCUAGAGGUUCAUAUUUGGGAUUUGAAGAUGUGCACAUCAAAGACAUGGAAUACUGUGCUACUCUUGAUGGGUUUGCUGUUGUCUUUAAUGACGGCAGAGUUGGUUUCAUUACACCAAUGUCAAGUGGAUUCACAGCAGAGCAGCUCCAUGGCGUUUGGGCGCAAGAUGUUUUGGAUGGAACCUGUGUGGCUGUAAAUAACAAAUACAGGUUGAUGGCGUUUGGAUGCACAAAUGGUUCAGUGCAAGUUUAUACAAUUGAUCAUUCUACGGGGGCCAUGCAGCUGUCUCAUAAACUGGAAUUAACACCAAAACAAUAUCCUGACAUUUGGAACAAAACCGGAGCUGUUAAACUAAUCAGAUGGUCUCCCGAUAGUUGUGUUGUUAUGGUGACUUGGGAAUGUGGAGGCCUCUCCUUAUGGAGUGUAUUUGGUGCCCAGCUGAUCUGUACUCUAGGAGGAGACUUUGCUAAUAGGUCUGAUGGUACCAAAAAAGACCCUCUGAAGAUCAGCUCUAUGAGUUGGGGAGCAGAAGGCUAUCAUCUAUGGGUGAUUGAUGCAAAUAGCUCUGGGAUGGAGAGAGAGGGCAAAAAUGAAUCCCAGCAUUUUGGUAUCUUACAGUUUCAGUUCAUCAAGAGUGCACUCACAGUUAACCCUUGCAUAAGCAACCAGGAGCAGGUCCUCCUUCAGGGAGAAGAUCGCUUGUACUUGAACUGUGGCGAUGCAAUACAAGCUCAGAAUCCUAGAAAUUCUGCAACACACUCUGAACAUAAAGCUGUCAGAGAAAGAGGCCAUUUUUCAGAUGGGAGCUUAGAUUCUCAGGGUUUAAGCACUUUAUUAGGGCAUAGACAUUGGCAUGUUGUACAGAUACACAAUACUUAUUUAGAGAUCAAUUGGCCUAUAAGGUUUUCUGCUAUUGACAAGAUGGGGCAGAAUGUAGCUGUAGUUGGCAAGUUUGGUUUUGCACAUUACUCUUUGCUUUCCAAAAAAUGGAAACUGUUUGGAAACAUUACCCAGGAACAAAACAUGACUGUGACUGGUGGCUUAGCCUGGUGGAAUGAUUUUGUUGUUAUUGCAUGUUAUAACUUAAGUGACCGCCAAGAAGAGCUAAGGGUGUAUUUGCGAACAGCCAAUCUGGACAACGCGUUUGCCCAUAUCACCAAAGUGCAGGCAGAAACAUUAUUACUCAGUGUCUUUCGGGACAUAGUAAUUUUGUUUAGAGCAGACUGUUCUAUUUGCCUUUAUAGUAUUAAAAGAAAACCUAAUGGUCCUAAUCCUACUACCAGUAUUCAGGUUCUUCAGGAGGUUUCUAUGUCACGAUAUAUCCCUCACCCUUUCCUUGUUGUGUCUGUUACUUUAACAUCCGUGAGAACAGAGACGGGCAUCAGCUUGAAAAUGCCACAGCAGGCCUGUGAAGCAGAGAGCAUCAUGUUAAACUUAGCAGGACAGUUAAUUAUGGUGCAAAGGGAUCGAUCUGGUCCACAGAUAAGAGAGAAGGAGAGUAACCCCAACCAAAGGAAACUUCUGCCAUUUUGUGCUCCAGUUGUUCUUGCCCAGUCUGUUGAAAAUGUUUGGACUACAUGCCGUUCUAACAAACAGAAACGACACUUACUGGAGGCUCUGUGGCUCAGCUGCGGUGGCUCAGGUAUGAAAGUCUGGCUUCCUUUGUUUCCCAGGGACCACCGCAAACCGCAUUCUUUUCUUUCAAGACGGAUCAUGUUGCCUUUCCAUAUUAACAUAUACCCCUUGGCCGUCCUGUUUGAAGAUGCCUUGGUUCUUGGUGCUGUCAAUGACACCGUGCUCUAUGACUGUUUAUACACUCACAGCAGCGCCACGGAACAUUUAGAGGUUCUCUUCCCUUUCUGUAUUGUCGAGAGAACAUCUCAGAUCUACCUCCAUCACAUUUUACGCCAGCUUUUGGUGAGGAACCUGGGCGAACAAGCCUUGCUUUUGGCUCACUCCUGCGCCACGUUGCCGUACUUUCCUCAUGUGCUCGAACUGAUGCUGCACGAAGUGCUGGAAGAAGAAGCUACCUCGCGGGAUCCCAUUCCCGACCCUCUGCUUCCCACUGUGGCUAAAUUCAUCACAGAGUUCCCCCUCUUCCUGCAGACAGUUGUUCAUUGUGCUAGGAAGACAGAAUAUGCCCUGUGGAAUUAUCUCUUUGCUGCUGUCGGGAACCCGAAAGACUUGUUUGAAGAGUGUUUGAUGGCCCAGGACUUAGACACAGCUGCUUCUUACCUUAUUAUUCUACAGAACAUGGAAGUUCCAGCAGUUAGUAGGCAGCAUGCAACUUUGCUGUUCAAUACUGCCUUGGAGCAGGGAAAGUGGGAUCUCUGUCGUCACAUGAUCAGAUUUCUGAAAGCCAUUGGCUCUGGGGAGUCAGAGACACCACCUCCUACACCAACAACUCAGGAACCUAGUUCAAGUGGUGGCUUUGAAUUCUUCAGAAAUCGCAGCAUUAGUUUGUCCCAAUCAGGAGAAAGCCUUCCUCCUGGCAAGUUUAACUUGCAGAAAACCUUGAGCAUGCCCUCUGGUCCAUCCGGCAAAAGGUGGAGUAAAGACAGCGACUGUGCCGAGAAUAUGUACAUUGAUAUGAUGCUAUGGCGACAUGCCCGGCGCCUAUUAGAAGAAAUCAGGCUUAAGGACCUUGGUUGCUUUGCUGCCCAGCUGGGCUUUGAGCUGAUAGGCUGGUUGUGUAAGGAACGCACCAGAGCUGCCCGUGUAGAGGAUUUUGUAACAGCUUUGAAGAAACUGCACAACGACUUUCUCUGGCCGUUUCCGAUUAUUCCAGUUUGUUCCAUAAAUUCUCCUCUCAAGAAUGGAAAGUACAGGACAGUAAUUGGUGAACAACUCUUAAAAUCCCAGUCUGCUGACAGCUUUUUGAACAUGGAAGUGGACAGUGGCAUUCCAAAUGUGCCGCGAAGUCACAGCUGGCUCGGUGCCAUCAGUUCCUCCCAAAGAGAGAUGGAUGCAGCAUCAUCCCAUGGUCCGCACAUGCAGGAAGCAUUUCUCUCCCCUUUGUUAAAUAAAGGUGAUGAAUGUAGCAUUGGUUCAGCAACAGACCUGACAGAAACAAGCUCUAUCGUGGACGGAGACUGGACGAUGGUGGAUGAGAACUUCUCAACACUGAGUUUAACACAAUCCGAGCUGGAACAUAUCUCCUUGGAGCUGGCCAGUAAAGGGCCACAUAAAUCACAGGUUCAGCUGCGGUAUUUGCUUCAUAUUUUUAUGGAAGCAGGAUGUCUGGACUGGUGCAUUAUUAUAGGCCUUAUUCUCCGGGAAUCUUCAAUAAUCAGUCAAGUUUUUAGCCUAAUGCAAUCUUCAGAGGUUGAUGGAGAGAUGUUGCAGAACAUAAAGAUGGGACUGCAGGCAGUAGAUAGAUGGGCCUCUACAGACUGCCUUGGGUACAAGCCAUUUUUAACCGUCCUCAAGCCCCAGCUCCAGAAACUGAGCGAGAUAGCAGAGGAACAAGUGCAGCAGGAAGCCUUUCAGCCUGCAAACCUCUUGAGAGUGGCAGAACAAGCCAGCCCAAGGGCAGAAGAAAACAGAAGUUCAGCUGGCCACAGUGCCAGUCCUCAAACUGACCCUGGCAGUAGCAGCAUGGCACGGCACGAUGAGGACAUGAUUGCAGAGGAGGAAGAGGAGGACCCACUCCCAGAAGGCAGUUAUGACUGCACUGUGUCCUAACACUGCCUGAAAACUUUUGGCUGAUCAUAUGAAUAAGAGCACAGCAUCAUAGUAAUGGCAUUUAAGAACAUUUGCUUUUUUGGGGGGGCGGGGAGAAUCAAAGCCUUCAACAGUUAAACUUUUUUUCUUUUUUAAUGCUAUUUUUUGUUUGUUUGUUUUUUUUAAAAAAUGCAUUAACUAAAGAACCUUCUGAAAUCUGUGAAAGCUUCCCAGUAAGCAGUCUUGGCUCUUUCAUCUAUAAACUUGGCUAUGUGGAAAAGCAAGAAUAUCGUAUUUGUAGUUUUCAUACCAAGAUAAUUUUAUUUUGGAAUCUUUGUUUUUCCGCCCCCCUCCUCUCGUCCUCAAAUAUUUUCCUGUUUUGGAUAACUGAUCAUGCAGAAGGACAUAUAUAUCCGUGCACAAGUUGAGUUCCUUUGGGAUGCAAGAAGAAUGCAGCCUAAUAUUUGGAGGUUCUAAAUUAAACUGGUCCCCUCUGGAAAAUGAGACAAUAUUUAAGAGGAGUGUUUGUCUUGCCUGGUUUUUGAACCCAAACUUAAAAAAAAAAAAAAUCAACAAUGAAGCUAACUAGGAUGACAACUUCGUAUGUUCUGCUUAGCUUGAUUUCCAGAAACGAUGGCUUGAUGGAGCUAGGCUCUGUCUGUUUUAUAGAUUAUGCUGUUUGAUAUCACUAAACUUUUUAUAUUAAAUAAUUGUAAAAUACAUUGUAUGUUUUGUGAAUAUUCCUGUAUAUUCUGUUCAUGCUUCUGGUGCUUGUGCUGCAGUGAAGGGCAGCCCUCUCUGUCUUGCAUGCUUUGACCUUUAAUUCCAGGAAAAUUGGAAGCAUAGUUGGAUGCGACAAGACUUUCACCGAACUCUUCCACGACAGCAGAAACAGUUGCUAGGGACUUGGUUUUGCUUCUGGACCUAUUCAGAUGUAUCCUAAGCAGAUUUUAAACAAAUAACGGAAGGUUCUUAUUUAUUUCACUUGUACAUUCUCUCUCUCAAGACUAGUUUUAUGUAAAUAGAACCACCUUAUUGCUGUUAAGGCUGGGUAGUGACAAUGUACAGUGUAUAUACUUAAACUACCACCUUGCAAAUAUUUUAUAAUGCAUAUACUUGUAACUAAUUGCAAAUGUUUAUUUUAACUUUCAUACAACAAUGUUAAGAGAAGCUGGCUGCAGCAGAGGCUCAUGGUUGCUUUGAGGUACUUAUUCCCCCCCCAUCUGCUGCCCCCAAUACGUAUAAUAUUAAAUACCUGUAACAGUAUUAAAAUUUAGGCAUUGGUUGGUUUCUACUGUGCAAUUGGGGUUACAGGAAAAAAGAGAAAUGCAACACUUCUACUUUUUAUACAAAAACGUAACACUUAUUUUUAUAAUGUGGGGUAUAAUGAAUACUGAUAUGGACCAAAACCAUUUUAUUAUGCAGAAGCAUCACUGUCUGCCACAACCUCAGUUUGUUCAUACAUUAUAUGAAUUCUGAACUGGUAAUGUGUUGUGAACAUUCAGAAGGAGCAUAGAAAUACAGAUGAUAACUUUGUAUAUUUUUCCAGGGGACAAGAUCAAAUUGUCUUUUAAUGGAUAAAUGUAACUAGAUAAGUUUUAUUACUGUUGCUUAGACUUUGCCAUUAGUACUGGUACAUGUGCAAUAACUUUCAAAUAAAUGACGAAGGGUGGAAAUGAGGUAACAAUCCA